AUGGGUCAAGAAGACGCUGUUUAUCUCGCCAAGCUGGCCGAGCAGGCCGAGCGCUAUGAGGAGAUGGUUGAGAACAUGAAGAUCGUUGCUUCGGCCGAUGUUGAGCUCACCGUUGAGGAGCGCAAUCUCCUGUCCGUCGCCUACAAGAACGUCAUCGGUGCCCGCCGUGCGUCCUGGAGAAUCGUCACCUCCAUUGAGCAGAAGGAGGAGUCCAAGGGUAACGAGGGCCAGGUCACUCUGAUCAAGGAGUACCGCCAAAAGAUCGAGGCUGAGCUGGCCAAGAUCUGUGACGACAUCCUCGAGGUUCUCGACGACCACCUGAUUAAGUCUGCCCAGACCGGCGAGUCCAAGGUCUUCUACCACAAGAUGAAGGGUGACUACCACCGUUACCUUGCCGAGUUCGCCAUCGGCGACCGCCGCAAGGGUGCCGCCGAUUACUCCCUUGAGGCCUACAAGGCCGCUACCGAGAUCGCUUCCACUGACCUCGCCCCUACCCACCCCAUCCGCCUCGGACUGGCCUUGAACUUCUCGGUCUUCUACUACGAGAUCCUGAACUCCCCCGACCAGGCCUGCCACCUCGCUAAGCUGGCUUUCGAUGAUGCCAUUGCUGAGCUUGACACCCUGAGCGAGGAGAGCUACAAGGACUCCACUCUUAUCAUGCAGCUCCUCCGUGACAACCUGACCCUCUGGACCUCUUCCGAGGCCGAGCCUUCCCAGGAGGGUGCCCCCGCCGAGAAGAAGGAGGAGGCUCCCGCCCAGGAGGGUGAGAAGCCCGCCGAGUAA